AACAUCAAUACCUUGCUGGACAAAGCUGACAGGGUCUACCACCAGCUGAUGGGCCACCGGCCCCAGUUGGAGAGCCUUCUGUCUAAAGUCAAUGAGGCGGCACCAGAGAAACCACAGGAUGACACUGGAGCAGGUGCAGGACUUGGUGCGUCCUCUGCUAAUGUGAACAGAUACAUUCAGCAGCUGGCCCAAGAGUACAGCGGAGACUGCAAGACGUCAUUUGAUGAACUUUCAAAGAUUAUACAGAAAGUGCUUGCAUCCCGGAAAGAGCUCUUGGAGUAUGAUCUGCAGCAGAGAGAGGCUGCCACCAAGUCAUCCCGCAGCAGCAGCAGCCACCAGCCCACCUUCACUGCCAGUCAGUACCGUGCACUCUCUGUGCUAGGCUGCGGCCACACCUCCUCAAACAAGUGCUACGGCUGUGCCUCAGCUGUCACGGGUCACUGCAUCACACUGCUUCGUGCACUGGCCACUAACCCAGCCCUCCGGCAGAUCUUGGUCCUCCAGGGUCUCAUCCGUGAAUUGUUUGAGUAUAAUUUGCGGCGAGGUACAGCAGCCAUGAGGGAGGAAGUGCGCCAAUUGGUCUGUCUCCUGACCAGAGAUCAUCCAGAGGCCACCCAGCAAAUGAAUGACCUUAUUAUCGCCAAGGUGUCAGCUGCCCUUAAAGGCCACUGGGCCAAUCCUGACCUG